GCGUCGCGAGCACGCGUGGUGGGAGUAAAAUUGUUCGCGGAGUCGCGGAGAUCGGCGGCGAAGGGCUGUCUCGCUCGCGCUCGCUCGAGGAAAACAAGUACAUCAAAGUUCACGGAGUAACGGCCCGUUCCCGUACGGUUCUCGCGUAAUACAGUCGAGAGAGUGAGAUCUCGUAGAUUUUCCCCUUGAUCAAACCCCCUGCCCCUGCACAUUCGUUUAAUCGACUGAUUUGUGCGCUACACGGCUACACGCGACUUGACAUACGCAAGAGAAACUCUGUCGACACGAGAGAAAAUGUCGAACGCAGAGAUACGCGAAUGUAGCGAUCGCCAGAUGAGAUCGCGACCGACUUUGGGAAUCUCGCGAAGCGUUCCGAGUGAUUCGGAGUGAAGUCUGAAGUGAAGCGCGAUUUAUCGGGGACUUUGAAGUUUGACGACUGGCUGAUUGCGGUGCUCGCUGUCAGCUCUGCCGCGUGAAAGGAGAGACAGCCAGAGAGCAAGUCCAGGGAGGGCACACCGAGCGUGCGUAUGCUGCAAUAUCUGGAUUGGACUUGGCGAAUGGGGACACGGCAGGUUGACGUAUGAAUGUAGUCGCAAUCACAGGGACACGCGCCUCGUUGGUGAAUAUUUCGGACAAGAUGUCAACGACCACCGAUGUCAGUGACUUGGCGGAUGUCCCCAAGGAAGGAACGCCAAUCUUUUUGCAAACACGCGCGGCCCAAGUCAUUGCUGGUAUAUUCGUGUGGGUGGCGCUUUUUCUCACUUGCCAACAGAUUUAUCAGCAUCUAAGAUGGUACACAAAUCCCACCGAGCAGAGAUGGAUAGUACGAAUUCUCUUCAUCGUGCCUAUCUAUGCCAUAUAUUCCUGGGUCUCGCUGUUGUUUUUCAACAGCGAAAGCUAUUACGUUUACUUCUUCACGGUGCGAGAUUGUUACGAGGCGUUUGUUAUAUAUAACUUUCUGUCGCUGUGCUACGAGUACCUAGGUGGUGAAGGCAACAUUAUGUCGGAAAUCAGAGGCAAACCGAUACGUUCCAGUUGUCUCUAUGGCACUUGUUGUCUAGUCGGGAAGACAUAUACCAUUGGCUUUCUGAGAUUCUGCAAACAAGCCACCUUACAGUUUUGCUUAAUUAAACCAGUGAUGGCAUUUGUCAUUAUAUUUUUGCAAGCCUUUGGCCAUUACAGAGAUGGAGAUUGGUCCCCCGAUGGUGGUUACAUUUACAUCACUAUAAUUUACAACAUCAGUGUAUCACUUGCGCUUUAUGGGCUGUUUCUAUUUUAUUUCGCUACAAGAGACCUGCUGACGCCGUUUGAGCCUGUGCUCAAAUUUUGUACGGUGAAGAGUGUGAUUUUCCUGUCAUUCUGGCAAGGUGUAUUAUUAGCCAUUUUGGAAAAGGCAAAUGUCAUUUCGCCCGUUAUAAACAGUUUGGGUCAAUCAACAAGCGCUGGUACAGUCUCUGCUGGUUACCAAAAUUUCCUUAUUUGUAUCGAAAUGUUGUUUGCUGCUAUAGCUUUACGCUAUGCAUUCCCGUAUCAAGUAUACGCAGCUGGCUGUGUUACUGACUCCAGGGGUAGAAGCGUGACGAUGCAAAGUAUCAGUAGUAGUUUGAAAGAAACAAUGAAUCCAAAAGAUAUUAUGACUGAUGCCAUCCAUAAUUUCCAUCCACAAUACCAACAGUAUACGCAAUAUAGCGCCGGAGGCCCGAAAGGACAACGUGGUAUGCGAGUAUCCAGCUUCGAUCCGGACGAUCCGCAAAACAUGCCGGUACCACCGCCGCAAAGGCGAAACACCUCUCAUCAGCGCGUCGCCACAAUUUCGCAAAACUAUAACGAGAAAACAAUGUUGCUGAGCAGCGACGAUGAAUUUCAAUAAGGCAUAUGUGAUUUCAAUUCGACUCUUGUACCGAUCAACGUUGCAUUACCGUGCGCGGAACUUCCAUAAACUUUUAGAGAUUUGCUUUUGGAGGAGAAGAGAAAAGAGGAUAUGCUUUAAGCGAAGCGUAUUUAAUUAAAUAAUAACAUAACGUUCAUAGAAAACAGACGGGCCGAAAUUUAAAAAAAAAGGAGGGAAGAAAAGGAAAAAAAAAAGAACGAAAAUCGCGUAGGAUGUAAGAACGUAUUACGCCGCACACUGUAAUAGUUCCAUAAUGUUACAUCCAUGUUAAUAUAUGUAUUAUGUUAUAACAUAUAUGAGUAAAUGGUAUAUAGAAGAUAUUUAUUUUACUAUGCUGAGAUGUAUUUGAGGCAAUGUGUUAUCUAUAUACCUGUGGCUCUAUACUAUGACACUGUAAAGGAUAUUAACUGCACGAUAAAACUUACACAUCUUGCGGAUAAGCAAAUGUAAUUGUGUAUAGUACUUAAUUUUAUGCGAAAUCACACGUUCUUCGAUUAUAAUUGUUCAUGAUACAUCUAUGUAUAAAUGUCGACGCUUCUUUACACUUUUGUAUCUUUUUUUUAUUUAUGUAUUGCAUUUUGCGAAUUUAGACUUUUUUGCAAUCUCGUAUUUGUAUAAAAGCCUCGAGCCACACAAAAGCGUCUUUGCGUCCUUGUCUCAAGUCCUGCAAAAUUAUUCCUUCUUUGAUCUUGCGAAAAAAAAUUCUCGUACGUGUAUAUAUUAUUAAAAUAGAUUAUAUCUGAAAAUGCAAAAGUUGACGAGUUUUCUUUUAAUGUAAGCCUUUCGAUAUAUAUAUAUAAAAAAAAAAAAAGAGAUAAUAACAUAUAUGCAAGAGAAAGUGCAAAGACAAUUAACGGGUAUUGUAUCGAACAUGAAUAAACAUUUGGUAUUUG